CUUGGAGUUGUUUUCCUCCACGGUAAACGGCCGAGCCGGCAGAUAGUACGUCAUUUCCUCGUUAUUUCCAUUAGUUUGUAGAAAACGACAGUCUAGUGCUUUAUACACCCAAGAAAAAGUAAUGGGUUAAUAUUACAAGUAUGCCAGGUUGAAAAGCAUCACUGCUUAUUUGCCGUAAACCCUUACUUUGCGAAAUUGUUCGCGAAACCCAGCAGCUACUCGGAGUGUUAGCGUUAGCAAAGACAGGAAAACGUGUAUCCGCAAGCAGGAGUACUUGGUUGGCUAACGUUAGCUGACUAGUUCAGGUUAAUUGGCUGCGUAUUGUUAACUACGCUGUUUUCCGGUACCACUGGUACUGUAAUAUUGGAUAGCGUUAGCUCACACAACUGCUGUAAACUGAUGGAGUGUCCUCAUCUUAACUCAAGCGUGAGCAGCGCUGUCGAGUCUCCCGGGUUUCCUAACGGUACUCCGUCCUCCUGGUGCUGCACCGUUUGCAGGUCCAACAAAAGCCCAUGGAUUUGUCUCACCUGUAUGAUGGUCCAUUGUGGACGAUAUGUUAACGGACAUGCAAAGAAGCACUUUGAAGAGAGUCAACUCCUUUGCAGCAGUCAAAGGAAAGGGGAGAAACAGGAGAAAGAGAAAUCCCAUCACUCUGUCUGCAUGGACUGCAGCAACUUCAGUGUGUUUUGUUACAGAUGUGACGAAUUUGUUGUCAAUGACACUAAACUCGGGCAGGUGCAGAAGGUGAGGGAACAGCUUCAGAGUUUAGAAAACUCAGCACUGAUGGGUGACAGACAGAGGAAAAGAAAAUUCCAGGAAGGACUAGCUUCAGAUGGCAAAUUGUUAAAAGACAAUGAUGGGGCAGCUUUAGGUGCUACAGGCCUGCGUAACUUGGGUAACACAUGCUUCAUGAAUGCCAUUCUGCAGUCCCUCAGCAACAUCAAGCAGUUCAGCUGUUAUUUCAAAGAGUUGCCUGCAGUAGCUCUACGCAGUGGUAAGACAGCAGGAAGGAGGAUGUACCACACCCGCAGCCAAGGGGACAACACUGUGUCUUUAGUGGAGGAGUUCAGGAAAACCCUUUGCUCCCUGUGGCAGGGCAACCAGACUGCCUUCAGUCCAGACUCCUUAUUUUAUGCCAUAUGGAAAAUCAUGCCGAGCUUUAGGGGCUAUCAGCAGCAGGACGCCCAUGAGUUUAUGCGCUAUCUGCUGGAUCACCUCCACAGAGAGCUCCAGUACAGUUGCAAUGGUGCUUCAUUCCCGGUCUCACCUCAGGAUGGGGUCAGACUCUCCACAGCUGAGACCAAAUGCUGCAUAAAUGGGAGUGCUAGUGUUGUCACAUCCAUUUUUGGUGGAAUACUUCAGAAUGAGGUCAACUGUCUGAUAUGUGGGACUGAGUCUCGGAAGUUUGAUCCAUUUCUUGAUCUGUCCCUAGACAUUCCCAGCCAGUUCAGACAAAAGAGAAGUAAGGACCAGGAGCCGGGGCCAACAUGCACCUUGCGAGACUGUUUACGUAGCUUCACAGACCUGGAGGAACUUGAUGAAACAGAACUGUAUUAUUGCCAUAAGUGUAAAAAGAGACAGAAAUCUACCAAGAAGUUCUGGGUUCAAAAGCUACCUAAGGUGUUGUGUCUGCACCUAAAAAGGUUCCACUGGACAGCCUUUUUGAGAAACAAGGUUGACACCUAUGUGGAAUUUCCACUGAAAGGCCUGGACAUGAGAGGUUAUCUUCUGGAGCCAGAGAACUCAUUACCAGGAAGUUGCCUGUAUGACCUUGUGGCUGUCGUCGUACAUCAUGGUUCUGGGGUUGGAUCAGGCCAUUACACAGCAUAUGGCAGCCAUGAGGGCCGCUGGUACCAUUUCAACGACAGCACAGUAACUCUGACCAGCGAGGACACAGUGAAGAAGGCCAAGGCCUACAUCCUCUUCUUCGUGGAGAGGACUGUCCAGGCGCCCACUGACAAAACUACCAGUCACACCACAGCCACAAACAAACCAGAGAUGGACACAGCAGCCCCGGACAGUGUCUCUACAGAAGCAGUUGCUGCAGAUACAGUGGCAGACAGUUUUUUGAGCGAGGCAGCAACACCACACAUUGAUCCUCUGAACGAGGAGUCCUCAGAUCAUGUCAGGGCACCAAACGUGGGCACAGACACGGUGGCACUGGAUGUCGCUGACACGGCGUCCAUGGAGGCCACAGCAGAUAGUGGUACCUCAGAGGAAGCUAGUCAAGCUCCACAAACAGUUUCACAAUGAUUCAGUCAGACUUAACUGCCUACGACCAGCUCCAGUCUGGCUUCACCUCAGCCACAUCUCUCACAAUGCUUGAUCAUAAUAAUAAUUAAGUUGUAUGUUUAAUGUAUAUGCAUCUGUUUUUCUGUUUCAUGAUCUGCCUGAUCACAACAUUGAUAAUUUGCUGCUCGAUUAUUAAUUUUUUAGAAUUACUUUUUUGCCUUUAUUUUCUUGAUGUUGUACAGUAUUCUUCAAUGGAGGUAGACUUCUUCAUAUCCGAUAGAUUACACAGGCGAUCGUUCAGUAGUGAAGUGAAGCUUUGGCCUUGGAAAACUUCAGUUGGUCCAAUGUGUUUCCUAGACUGAUGAGCUGCUUUGUGUUGAGAGUGCUGUCUUUUUGACGGUAUUCUGCAUUGUCAUCACUCUCUGCAUUUGUCUGACUCUGAGCAGCAUAACUCAAAAAGUAAUGGAUGGAUUGUGAUGAUAGUUUUGGGGCGUGUAGGUAAUGGCCCAAGAAAGGAAUGAUUAAAUAUUAGUGGUGAUCCAGACUCCAAUAAAAACAAAAGAACAAAAACAA